AUGUCUCGGAGAUACGAUUCGAGGACUACAAUCUUCUCUCCAGAAGGCCGUCUGUACCAGGUAGAAUAUGCUCUAGAGGCCAUUUCUCACGCCGGUACAGCUCUGGGAAUCUUAGCGCAGGAUGGAAUCGUACUCGCCGCCGAGCGGAAAGUCACCAGCAAGCUGCUCGAACAAGACACCUCAGCAGAGAAGUUGUACAUUCUAAACGAUAAUAUGAUCUGCGCUGUCGCCGGAAUGACCGCCGAUGCCAACAUCCUCAUCAACUACGCCCGUCAAGCUGCCCAGCGAUACCUCCUUACCUAUAACGAAGACAUUCCUUGCGAACAGCUCGUACGAAGAUUAUGUGAUCUCAAGCAAGGCUAUACUCAGCAUGGUGGUCUGCGUCCCUUUGGUGUCUCCUUCAUCUAUGCCGGCUGGGACCCUCAACGACAAUUUCAGUUGUAUCAGAGCAACCCCAGCGGGAAUUACGGUGGCUGGAAGGCAACAAGCGUGGGUGCCAACAAUGCGAGCGCGCAGAGUCUGUUGAAACAAGAUUACAAAGAGGAGUGUGACCUGAAAGAAGCAUGUGGCUUGGCCGUCAAGGUGUUGAGCAAGACGAUGGAUUCAACGACACUGAGUAGCGAGAAGAUCGAGUUUGCGACCGUAGGCAGGACAAAGGAGGGCAAGAUCUAUCAUCACCUGUGGGGCGCGGAAGAGAUCGAUACUCUUCUCAAGGAGCACGGACUAGGCAAGAAGGCAGACCCGAAUUUUGAUGAGUAA